UGAGAAGAAGUAGACAUAUAUUUGAAGACAUUGUGCUAGGUUCAGGAGGCGGGGAGGCCGCAGCAACAAACCAUGGAGCGCUAUGCGGAUGUCCCCGCUCACCUGGAGGCUAACAGGGACCCCGCAGACUUCGCUCUCACCAACAAAACGCUAGUAUGCUGCUAUGUAUGCCGGCUAAUUAAGUCGCGCAAUCAGUUUGCGGACCAGGGCUGCGAUAACUGUAGAAACAUCAUGGGCCCUAGCAUCUCCUUUGAGGACUUCACCACUCCCAACUUCUCGGGGAUGAUUUCUAUCAUGGACCCCAAGUCCAGCUGGGCCUGCAAGUGGCUGCACCUGGGCAAGUACGUGCCGGGCUCGUACGCCAUGGCGGUCAACGACGACCCGCCGGAUGAGCUGCAGGACAUCCUGGAGAACAAGGGCAUCAAGCUGCGGCACGGGUAGCGGCAUCGCCGGUGGCGGAGGCGGUGGCGGUGGUGGCGAUGUGGUGGAGGCGCCGGGGAGGCGGAGGCAGUAGCAGCCGCACCAGCAGUAGCAGAGGCGCAGCAGGUGGCGGGGGCGCAUUGCGCUCUGGCGGAAUGGCAGUAGCAGUACCCACUGGCGUGGUGGCCGCAGCCAAGCAGUGGUGGUGAACGUGUGUGGUAGGGGAGCAGCCCCUGGCGGGGUGGUGGAGGCGUUGUGUAGGCGUUGUGGCAGCAGGGGCGUGUGGCCUGGCGGAGGGGGGUAAAGGUGCGACGUGCCAAGCUGCACAGCUUGGGCGGCGGUUGGAGCCGGCAGGGUCAGCUGCAUUGGGGCCGCGGGACGCUCGUCUGUGACAGGAUGAGCAGAGAGAAAGCCACAGGGGAAUGAGCACCCAGGGCAGCCGGCAACGUUAUUUUACACCACCAGCGGGGAAGUCCCAUGGGUCCGUGUUGGGGUUUGGGGGUUGGUGUUGGAAGCGUGUGCACACGUGGCGGCCGGCGUCAGCCGUGACCUAGCGUUUCGUCAGGGGGAAAGAAACGCUUUGCUGUUUCGGAACCUUGUAUCUGCUACAGCCCGUUUCAAGCUUUCGCGAAGCCGGUAUAGCUCUCUGCUUUCGAAUGCCAGUGUUAUACUCUCGGGAAGCAUUUCGCCGGGGAAUCGGCCGCUUGAAUCGAGCGGCGUGUCGGAAAAAAACGGUACGGCGGCACUGCGGGAUCGGCGCUUGCCGCCGGGGUCAAAAGCUUUGCGCGGCAUUGCAACCUUUGUGCGUCUCAAGAUACCGU